AUGGCAAAUACCGGUAAAGCCGAUUUUCCGACUUUACCGGCCGUAACGGAUGAGCAAUUGAAGAAUACGGGAAAAUAUGAUGCCUUCAAAACUAUGGCUGAUAUUUUUACUGGAAAAUUGGAAAAUUCAAAUGGAAAAAAUUUAACGCUUCACAUUGAUGUGCAAUUUCAAAAAUUGCAACCUAAUGAAAUGGCAACAUCAGAAAAUUCAACAACUGUUUCCGGUCCAACAGAAUUAAAUGGCACCUAA